AUGUUUGCCCGCCGUCGUUCCCUGGGGCUUAGUCUCCUGUCGCUUAUUGCUGGAGCCUCCGCCCAGUCAUCCUCCUCCUUUACCGACCCUGUGAACGGCAUCACUUUCCAAGGCAUCACAGACUCUGUCUAUGGUGUUCAAUACGGAUUUGUCUUCCCCCCAGUCGCUUCAAGCGGCUCCCAGCCGACGGACUUCAUCGCCGAGAUUGUAGCUCCGGUCGCUGCAAAAUGGGUCGGUGUCGCACUCGGCGGCGCCAUGAUCGGUGACCUUCUCUUGGUCGCAUGGCCGAAUGGGAAUAGUAUAGUCACGUCUACUCGGUUUGCGACCGGCUACGUACAGCCCGAGCCAUUUGCAGGGCCGACCAUUACGCAGCUUCCGUCGUCGACGGUCAACUCUACACAUUGGCACCUCACCAUACACUGCGAGAACUGCACCACGUGGGGAGGCACCUCUUCUAUGCCCACUACGAGUUCCGGAGUGCUUGCCUGGGCUUACUCGAGUGUUGCGGUAAACGACCCCUCGGACCCGGACAGUGACUUCCAGGAGCACACUGACUUCGGCUUCUUCGGCAUGGACUACGCUGAUGCGCACGCGUCCACUUCUGAUUAUGCGAACUACCUUGCGGGUAAGGGUGGAUCUGGUGGCGGGUCUACGACAACAACUACACCGCCGACUACAACAACGACAACGACAACUUCUGCUUCUCCCACGGUCACAGCUACUGCCUAUGAUUACAUCGUCGUUGGGGCAGGUCCCGGUGGAAUCAUUACCGCAGACCGCUUAUCAGAGGCUGGCAAGAAGGUACUCCUCCUCGAACGUGGCGGACCAUCCACUGCAGAGACUGGCGGAUGGUACAAGGCCCCAUGGGCCCAGAACACCGACCUCACGAAGUUCGACGUCCCCGGUCUUUUCGAGACGAUGUUUACCGACCCGAACCCUGCGUUCUGGUGGUGCAACGACAUCACGGUCUUUGCCGGUUGUCUCAUCGGCGGUGGUACUUCCAUCAACGGUGCUCUCUACUGGUACCCUCCCGACUCUGACUUCUCGACGGCGAACGGGUGGCCAAGCGGAUGGCAGAACCAUGCGCCUUACACCAACAAGCUCUCCGCGCGCCUACCGAGUACCGACCACCCCAGUACGGAUGGGAAGCGCUACCUUGAGCAGAGCUACAACGUUGCUGAACAGUUGCUCAAGCCAAUGGGCUUCAACGCCGGCACUAUCAACGACAACCCGAACAACAAGGACCACAUCUACGGCUACUCGGCGUUCGACUUCAUCGACGGCAAGCGUGGCGGCCCGGUCGCGACGUACCUACAGACAGCACAGGCGCGCCCCAACUUCACCCUGAAGCAGUACGUUUACGUGCAGAACCUUGUCCGCACCGGCGGCACUGUCACCGGAGUUCGCACAAACGACACCUCUCUUGGUCCGAAUGGUAUCAUUCCGCUUACGCCCAACGGGCGCGUGGUUCUCAGCGCCGGCGCUUACGGUACUUCGCGUAUCCUCUUCGCUAGCGGCAUCGGCCCGUCCGACCAGCUCGCGAUUGUCCAGCAAAACCCGACGUACUCUGCAUGGCUCCCGAAGUCGAGCGACUUCAUCAACUUGCCCGUUGGCAUGAACGUCUCUGACAACCCUUCGAUCAACUUGGUCUUCACGCACCCCGACAUUGACGCCUACGAGAACUGGGCUAACGUCUGGGCGAACCCACGCCCCGCCGACGCGGCUCAAUACAUCAAGGACCAGUCCGGCGUGCUCGCUUCUGCAUCUCCGAGGAUGAACUUCUGGGAGGCGCUUGGUGGAUCGGAUGGCAAGACUCGCUACCUGCAGGGUACUGUCCGCCCUGGUGCGGCUUCGGUCAACACUACAAACGCGUACAACGCGAGUCAGAUCUUCACGAUCACGACCUACUUGUCCCAGGGCAUCACCUCGCGUGGCCGCAUCGGUAUCACUGCUUCCAUGAACGCUCAGCCUAUCGUGCAGCCAUGGUUCCAGGAUCCCGUGGACCAAGCCGUUCUCACUCAGGCUAUCAAGAACCUCGUCGGCGGCAUCGCCAAUGUGCCCAACUUGACCAUGAUCACUCCUGACAACCACAUGACGAUCGACCAGUACAUCAACGCCUAUGACCGGGCAACAAUGAAUAGCAACCACUGGGUCGGCGCCGCGAAGAUCGGUACCAGUUCAGCCUCAGCCGUCGUUGACUCCAAUGUGAAAGUCUUCAACACGAACAACCUGUUCGUGGUUGACGCUUCGAUCAUUCCCUCGCUGCCGAUGGGCAACCCACACGGAAUGCUCAUGUCCGCAGCAGAACAUGCUGUAGCAAACAUCCUUGCGCUUUCGGGUGGUCCGUAG